AGAGAAAAAAAAAAUUAAAAAUAUACUUUCUCAUUUCCCUGUCUUAUAGCUUUCCCUCAUAUGGAGUACGUUUUACAUUUAUUAAAUUUGUCCUUGUGAAAUGUCAGCAUAUGGUCUAAUUCUCCAACUGUUUCAUCAACUGUCUUUUUCUUUAGCACUUUAGUGAUGUCGUAGUUAAGUGCUACAGCUGCUAACCCAAGGGUCGGCAGUUCAAAUCUUCCAGGCGCUCCUUGGAAACUAUAUGCGGGCAGUUCUACUCUGUCCUAUAGGGUUGCUAUGAGUCAGAAUCGACUCGACGGCACUGGGUUUGGGUUAGUGAAGUCAAUUGGAUGCAGUCCUCAGUGGGUUAGACAAUCUUUCUGAAUUUCCACACAAUGUUGGGAAUUAGUAUUCACUUCUUAUCCUUUCUUAAUUGGAGUCCCUGGGUGGUCGAAAUAGUUAAUGUACUCAGUAACCAAAAGGUUGGAGGUUCUAGUUCACCUAGAAAGAAGCACCUUGGGAUUAUCUGAUUUCUUUUUGUAGUAUUUCUCUAGAAUUUGCAGAUGAAUUUAAAGUCAGAACAAGCAGUGAGAAUUUGUGACAGGUUUCAUCCCCUUACCUGAAGUCUCACAUUCAAGAAGGAGAAGUCGUGUCAAGAAUCUGUACCUUAACCACCUCAGGAAAGAGCUCAGUUCAUGGUGGCGUUGCAGGAAACACAUGAGAGCACUGAAACCUGAGGAGCAAAUGUUGAACCAGAAUCUGUUUUCUUCAGAGUGGGUUUUACACUGGUGGAGAAACAGAAAGCCAAAGGACCUCUCUCUGGAGCACAGUAAUGCACUGAAGGACCAUGGACCAAAGCAAUUAUACUUCUCUACAUGGUUUUAUUCUGCUUGGCUUCUCUGAUCAUCCCAAAUUGGAGAUGGUCCUGUCAGGAGUUGUCACCAUCUUCUACUUAAUUACAUUGAUGGGUAACACAGCCAUCAUUGUUGCAUCUCUCCUGGAUUCCCAUCUGCACACACCAAUGUAUUUUUUCCUCAGGAAUUUAUCUUUCCUAGAUCUGUGUUUUACCACCAGCAGCAUACCUCAGAUGCUGGUUAACUCAUGGGGCCCUGAUAAGACCAUUAGCUAUGUGGGUUGUGUCAUUCAACUCUAUGUUAAUAUGUGUUUGGGCUCCACUGAGUGCCUUCUCCUGGCUGUUAUGUCCUAUGAUCGUUUUACAGCUCUUUGUAAACCCUUGCAUUAUUUGGUAAUCAUGAACCCACAUCUUUGUCUCAAGAUGGUCAUCAUGGUUUGGGGUAUUAGUUUGGCCUGUUCUGUAGUAUUAUGUAAACUCACACUGAAUUUGCCUAGGUGUAGAAUCAACCUUCUGGAUCAUUUCUUGUGUGAGUUGCCAGCUAUGGUCAAAAUAGCUUGUAUAGACACCAGAACUGUUGAAAUGUCUGUGUUUGCUUUAGGCGUUGUCUUUGUCCUUACACCCCUCCUCCUUAUUCUUACAUCCUAUGGUUUCUUUGCUCAUGCUGUGCUGAGAAUGAAGUCAAAAGCAGGCCAAAGAAAAGCAAUUAAUACCUGUGGAUCUCAUCUCACUGUGGUGACCAUCCUGUAUGGAUGUGUCAUCGUUGUGUACCUACAGCCAGGUAACAGUGCCUCCAAAGACCAGGGCAAGUUCUUCACCCUCUUUUACACCAUCAUCAUUCCAAGUCUUAACCCCCUUAUCUACACCUUGAGGAAUAAGGACAUGAAGGAUGCACUAAAGAAGUUGGUGAAAGUUGCCUAUGCAUCUGCGAAAAUGAAGAGGAAGUAGAAAUCAUAGAAAAAUAUUAGAGUAAAUAAGGCAGUGAAAUACAUUUUCUAAGUAUCUUUAGUUUUUGCUGAAGCAAGUAAUCCCUAGAUCAUAGAGAUCAGUUAACAUAAUAAAUCCUGUGUGGAAAAUAUUUUUUGUUAAAAACAAUAUUAUAAUUAUUCUACUUAGCUCUUUUAAACUGCCAUUAUUGGAAUGUCUUCAGAGAGAAAAGGUCACAGGGAAUUUUCAUUUUUGCGUGAAAUAAAAACACAGCAGAUGUAAAUAUAAACUUGCAUACACUGAAUGAAUUCUCAAGCCCUGUGGAAACUGCUUUGGUCAUCUAGUUUUGUAUUUUCAUUGCUCAUGCUUGGAUCUUUACUAACACAGACAUUAAUGAAUGGUUUCAUAUACAUUAAGAUUUGUAUAUUGCAUAGUGAUAUACAAAAAAUGAUCUUGUGUAUUCAAUAUUUUAUAAAACCAUCCAGACAUUUUUUGUGUAUUUGGUGUAG